AUGGAUAGAAAAUCUGCUAGAAUAAAAGCAGAGUUGCAAAGAUAUGGUUGGAGAGUUUCGAAGAAUUUUAAAUAUAGGAAGGGAAGACCCAUAAAAGUCUAUGACAAAUUGUCUGGUCUUCGCUACGAAAUGGAUUUGGAAACAGCACGUGCCAAUUAUCCAAACAGACUAGAGAGGUUAGAAGAAGAACGUCUUAUGAACAUGCCUUUCAAUGUUACUGAGCCACAAGUUGAAGGACACGACGGCUUUGCCAGAUUCUACUGGAAACAUGACGAACAAUUGCAUCCUUUGAGAAGGAAAAAAGGAAAAGGUGAAGACGCACAUGCUCCCAUGGAAAGAACAAGAUAUGCAUAUGAAAAGUAUCGUGAAGUUAGAAGUCAAAUUACAUCUGGUCGAACCUUUACAGUAAACUUUGACGAAGGAAAGAACAAAGAAGGCUUCAUGGGUGUACUUGCUGCCAUACAAGACGGAAAUAAGAAAGGAUACAAUCUCAGAUUGACCAUAACAGAUUUGGAUGGUCACAUUUACUAUGCAAAUGGCAAUGAACAAACAGCUGCAAAACUUCUUGACGCUUUCAAGACUACAAAGAGAGAACAAAUGGUUGACUCCGACUCAGACAUUUUGAAUGCAAUUGAAGGAAUUGCAAGUGUCAAGUUCGAAUGGUACCAACCUAACCCUCAAGCAGUCAGACAACAUGCUGGAUACUUCCCGUUCAUAAAUAAGUCUGACAUUGACUUGACAAGGUAUGGAAUUUACAAUUCAAUUGAAACAAUUGUCAAUGAACCUUGCAUUCUUACAUGUCUCAGGAACUCUGGUCUUGUUACAGAAGAGAAGAUGAAGUACCUUGAGUCAU